AUGAUAUGGAAUCAACCGGAAUUUGACUUCGUUUAUUUUCUUUCUAGAUCGAUAAAGAGCCACAUAUCUAUCUAUCUAUCUAUCUAUCUAUCUAUCUAUCUAUCUAUCUGUGUGAUUGUACUUAAUUACAAAGGCGGGUAUAGCACACCUGUCUGUUUUUCCGCGCCCAUGUGCCGCAUAGACGGACAAGCACAUCGGAAACAGGCUGCGACAAACACCCGCAUUUUCAUACUACAUCUUCUCCUUUCCCCACUCAUCUCGUCUUUUCACUCGCCGCUGCAGCGUAUUAAUCCUGGUCGAUCUUUGAUGAUGAGAUUAAGCCAGAUUUAUCCAUUAAUUCAUUCGCCUUUCUAUUUGUCUGUCACUUCGUCAGAUCGACCGACCGUUAACUGUAGGACGGACGGACCGAUCGAUCGACAACGACACUCUCACAGACGCAUUCACGGCCUGCCAACGUUUGUCUUCGGUGCUUUUGCCAUUCAGAAAAUAUCUGUCUUUAUUACCACAGACAUCAGGGUAUACCUGGUCUCUUCGAUCAUAAGUGAAAUUCGUAGGAAACGCCAAACAAUAAAUAUUUCAUCUUCUUCUUCUUCUUCUUCUUCUUCUUCUUCUUCUUCUUCUUCUUCUUCUUCUUCUCCUACAUACUCCUCCUCCCCUCCUCAUUCUUUCUCCUAUUCUUUUCCUGCUCCAAUUCUUCCUCCUCUUCUUUUUUCCUUUCCUCCCCCUCCUCUUCUUAUUCCUCUUCCUCCUCCCCUCUUCUUCUUCUUCAUCCUCCUCCCUUCCUCUUAUUCUUCUUCCUCCUCCUCUUCUUCUUCCUCCAUUUUCUACUUCACUUCUUAUUCCUUUUCCUCCUCCUCUUCCUCUUCUUAUGCCUCUUCCCUCCUCCUCCUCUUCUUAUUACACUUUCUCCUCCUCUUCUUCUCCUUCUUCCUCCCCUCCUCUUCUUAUUCCUCUUCCUCCUCCCCUCUUCAUCUUCUUCUUCCUCCCCUUCCUCUUACUCUUCCUCCUCCUCUUCUUCUUCCUCCAUUUUCUACUUUACUUCUUAUUCCUUUUCCUCCUCCUCCUCCUCUUCUUAUCCCUCUUCCCUCCUCCUCCUCUUCUUAUUACUCUUUCUCCUCCCCUCUUCUUCUCCUUCUUCCUCCUCCUCCUCUUCUUAUUCCUCUUCCUCCACCCCUUUUAUUCUUCUUCCUCCUCCUCCUCCCUCCUCUUCUUCUUCCUCCUUUUUCUACUUCACUUCUUAUUCCUUUUCCUCCUCCUUCUCCUCUUCUUAUGCCUCUUCCCUCCUCCUCCUCUUCAUAUUACUCUUUCUCCUCCCCUCUUCUUCUCCUUCUUCCUCCUCCUCUUCUUUCUUUUCUUCUUCCUCCUCUACAUCUUCUUCCCACUUUUACGUCGACGAGAGUCGAACAAGUGAAUCAAAAGCAGCUGCUGUCGGCGCGGAACAAAAGUUACCCGACUCACACCGAUCUUUGCCUUGGCCGCUCCUUCAUCCUUAGAGAUGCCGCCGCCGCUGCUGCUGCCACCACCGCUGAUAUUCGAUGUUCAUUGCGGAAGUGGAACGGCAAACGGCAAUCGACUUGA